UGCUUAUUGGUUGACAACAUGAAUUGUUUUAUGAUUGAUAUAUCAAUACGCGUUUUUUCUUUUUUGUUUUAGGAUACAUAAAUUUCACGUCAGCAUGAAUAAAGUCGAUUCAUUCUUAAAAAAGGAUAACAAGACUGGGCUAGAAUAUUCUGUCUCUCUUAAAUUAGGACCUUUCGUCAUUACUUUUCAUAAAUACGUAAUUAAGCUGCCUAGAUCCUAGCAUGGUUCCUAUUGGCCUCAGACGCCUAUUCCAAGCAAAUGAUUCGCUAAACGUGUCAAGAGCAAGCUCAUGUUGCGGAUAUUUAAUAAAUGACGCAAAGGCAGCUGUAUAUUAGCCAAUCAAUCAAAAGUGCUCCUGUAAAUGAUACGUUCUGGAAUUGCUUUCCCCUCUGGAAAAGAAAAAAAACUGGGGUUAUCAAGAUCUAUUUGUUCUAUAUAAAUAGGACCAAUCUAUCUUUCAAUCUCGCAUUUUUUUAUCUAUGUUAUAAAAAUGAUGUGCGAUACAAACUGGUGCACUUUCUGCGAUAAUGCUAUCAGCCCUUACUCCAAUUCGCUUUACUGUUCUGAAGAAUGCCUUCGUCAAGACGCCUUGAUGCACCACCCUAUGCUUGGUUACGAUUACGCUGAACUUAAGGGCUUCCCUCACCAAUGCAACGAAACCAUGCCUUCACUCGUAAGAAGAAAGCUAUCUAUUCCUAGCCUAUCUCAAGAAUCGUCACAAAAAAUACCCUCUCUUUCACCUUCGCUUUCAUCGUCUAUAUCAUCUUGUGCUUCCAAUGACCACCAUAAAACGAUGGACCUUUUACUUCACCCUAAACCGCGUAAAUUCUCUCCAACAGCAUCUUUUAUGGAACAAUUGAAUCAGGCAUUUUAAACUAUAUUCCCCCUUUUCAAAAAAAAGUCACAUUCACAACACUAAUAACGAUUUUGUACAUACAUCCAUUUAUUUAUAUACACAUUCAUGCUUUAUACAUUGAUGCUGCAUUUAUACACGUAUUUUUAAUAAAAAAAAACAAAUGUUUUCUUUAAAUUGUCA